GCGGCCAAGAUGGCGGCGGGAGCCGAGCGCGGCGCGGCGCUGCCCGCGGAGCCGCCGCCGCUCAGCGCCGAGGAGGUGGCCAGGAGGCUGGCGAGCACCCGCCGGGAGUUGGGCAACCGCCGCAAGAUCCUGCUGCGGAACCUGCCGGCCGAGAGCAGCAGCCAGGAAAUCCAUGACUUGUUUAAGGAUUAUGAAAUCAAGUAUUGUUACGUGGACAGGAAUAAAAGAACAGCGUUUGUCACCCUGUUGAACGGGGAGCAGGCCCAGAGCGCCAUCCAGAAAUUCCACCAGUCCUCCCUGCGUGGCAAGGAGAUCUCCGUGCAGCUGCAGCCCACRGAUGCUCUGCUGUGCAUCACCAACCUGCCCCUAUCCCUGAGGAUGGAGGAGUUUGAGGAGCUGGUGCGUGCCUACGGCAACGUGGAGAGGUGUUUCCUGGUGUACAGCGAGCUCAGCGGCCRUUCCAAGGGCUAUGGCUUCGUGGAGUACAUGAAGAAGGACUCGGCUGCCAAGGCCAGGCUGGAAUUGCUGGGCAAACAGCUGGAGGAGAGCACUCUGUUUGCACAGUGGAUGGAUGUGAACCAGCUGACCACAAACCUCAUUCACUCCAAGUGCCUUUGUGUGGAAAAGUUACAGAAGGACUGCGCCGACUCCAAGGAGCUGCUGCAGGCGUUCUCCCUCAARUACAAACCCGUGUUCUGCCAGUUUGCCCAGGACGAGGACGGCGGCAGCGGCGAUUUUGCGGUGCUGGAGUACGAGAGCGCGGAGCAGGCGGAGAGCGUUCGGGACACCAUGGAUGGGGUGACCAUCAAUGGCAGGAGGCUCCACGUGUCCUUCUGUGCCCCUGGAGCCCCAGGCAGGAGCACCUUGGCAGCUCUGAUUGCAGCACAGAGGAUGAUGAGGAACAACAGGAAGGGUUUGCUGCCAGAGCCAAAUCCAGUGCAGAUCAUGAARAGUUUGAAUAAUCCAGCAAUGCUGCAGAUGCUGCUGCAGCCCCAGCUGCGUGGCCAYGCUGUCAAACCUGUUCUUGGAGCAUCUGCAGGUUUACCUCACCUCCUCAAUUCUGCUGUUGCCCCACCUUUUCUGCAGCUGAAUAAAGUUCAUCAGAGCUCGGUGCUGGGGAGCACCUCCAGCCUGCUGCUGCAGAGCCCUGCUCACCUUCCCCUGCCCCAGCAGCAGCUGCUGAAGAUGGACAACAUGCAGGCAAACACUAAGCCAGGUUUGCUGGGGGAGCCUCCAGCAAUGCUGCUGCAGACUGUCCUGGGGAUUGGGGUGAUGCCAGCAGUGAAUUCCAGCCUGGCUGCUCGAGGAGAAGCUCUCAAGACAGCAGCAGCAGCAGCAGCAGGGAUGGGAAUGCUGCCAUUCUUCCCCAGCCAGCACAUGCUGGGCCAGGCUCUUCCUGGGCCCAACGGAGCUGCAGACAAAGGCACCGCCGAGACAUCGGGAUCGGGAUUGGGAUCGGGAUCAGCCCCGGGAUCACAGCCCUUCCCACAGCCCCUGCCCARCCUGGCCACAGGAGCUCUGCGUGCUGCACGCUCCAAACCUCCCAGCCAGCUCAAAACCUCGGAGCCAGCCCUGGGGACUCCCUUGAAAAAACAGACUUCUCUGCUCGGGGAACCCCCGAAAGAAAUCCGGCUGAGCACCAACCCCUACUUGAAUUUGGCAAGUGUUCUGCCUGGGAUCUGCCUGCCAGCAAUUGCCAGCAAAGCCUCCAGCCCCCCGCAGCAGAGCAGCCUUCCCAGCGUGGUGGAUGCUGCAGUGGCUCAGGGAACUGCAUCACAACACUCCAUGGARAAUUAUUUCAGCUACUCCCAGCAGCCUGGGGAGUUCCCACAGGUGGCCCCGAAGCGCAGCUCCUCGUACCUCGUGUCCUCCCCCGAGCCCGGCCCUGCAGAAUUCCCAACUCCCGGCUCCGUGCGCUACACGGAAUCCUCCCUCAAGAAGAAGCGCGUGUACUGACAGGGUCCCCCAUUCCCAGGGGUGAUGGAUCCCCAUUCCCAUGGAUUCCCAUUCCCGUGAAGUGAUGGAUUCCCAUGGCGUGAUGGAUUCCCAUGGAUUCCCAUUCCCAGGGGUGAUGGAUUCCCAUUCCCAUGGAUUCCUAUUCCCGUGAAGUGAUGGAUUCCCGUGGGGUGAUGGAUUCCCAUGGAUUCCCAUUCCCAUGGAUUCCUGUUCCUGUGAAGUGAUGGAUUCCCGUGGGGUGAUGGAUUCCCAUGGAUUCCCAUUCCCAUGGAUCAAUGGAUUUCUGUGGAUCAACGGAUUUCCAUGGAUUCUCAUUCCCAUGGAUGAAUGGAUUCCCGUGGGGUGAUGGAUUCCCGUGGAUGAGUGGAUUCCCAUGCACCAGUGGAUUCCCAUGGAUUAACGGAUUCCCAUGGAUUCUCAUUCCCGUGGAUCAACGGAUUCUCAUGGAUUCUCAUUCCCAUGGAUUGAUGGAUUUCUGUGGAUCAAUGGAUUUCCGUAGAUUUCCACUCGCGUGGAUCRAUGGAUGGAUUCCCAUGGCUCAAUGGAUUCCCAUGGAUUCCUAUGGAUUUGCAUGGAUUCCCAUAGAUCGAUGGAUUCCUAUGGAUUUCCAUGGAUCCCAUGGAUCGAUGGAUUCCCAUUGGUUCCCAUUUCCACGGAUUCCCAUCCCUGUGGAUCAAUGGAUCCCCAUGGAUCCCCAUGGAUCAAUGGAUUCUCAUGGAUCAAUGGAUUCCCAUGGGUUCCCAUCCCCGUGGAUCAAUGGAUUCUCAUGGAUCAGUGGAUUCCAAUGGAUUCCCAUUUCCAUGGAUUCCCAUUCCCAUGGAUCCCCACAGAUCCCCAUCCCCGUGGAUGGAUCCAUUCCCAUUCCCUGCCCGGGGAGGGAAGGCAGGUGGGAAUCCAUCCCUCUGUAUUUAUUGCUGCCUUAACUUCAGCCAAGGAGUUCUUGGGUGUGGGGUGCGUGUCCAGGAGGAUCCCUCCCUUCCCUGGGGACAGGAGGGGACAGCGCUGGCUUUGUCACCUUUGGGCUGAGGGACAGAGCCUGGGGGGCUGGGACAGCUCCAGCCCAAAGCAAUAAAAACCCGGAGUGAGGAAAGCCCAUCCUUUAGGCARGUUAGAAGAGGAAGUCUCCCUAAGAAUGAUUUUGUAUUUUUUUAACUCAGAAUGUCGGGGGUUUUUUCCCCAACCUUCCUUUUUUUCCAGGAUUAAGAGUUCUGCAUUUACAGCCUUUGGAUUUUUAAUAUUCCUUCUUAAUCCUGGGAUGGAGCGAUACCAAAUGUAUUCCCAGAGCCUCGUGCUGGGCUCAGUAAAUGCCUGCUCCAAGGGAGAUCUCAUCUCUCCUGUGCUGCCUUGGAAUAUUCCCUGCGAUCCUGGGACAGUGGAAUAACUUUUUCUGGUUUUAGGCUGAGAAUCCACAGCUUUUCCAUGGAUGAAUUCAUUCCCAGUGUGUGGCUGUGCCCGUGUGAGGCCCCAUCCUCCUCCCACAGCCGUGGGACAGCUCUUCCUGGGCCACCCCACAUCAGUUCCCAAUUUCGAGUGUAUUUUCCCUGUUUUUUUAAAGACUUYUUGUAUUUUUAGCUCCUUACCAGCUCUGGCUCGAGUUGUUCUCUCUGCCAUCAGUCCUUGUGAUGAUCUGCCCUCGUUCCAAGGCUUUGCCCCUUGGAAUCCCACUGCAAAUCCAUUUGGGACUGAGUUCACCGAGGCCAGGAGUCACCUCCUUUCUCCCUUCUCCUUGCUAGAGAACCCUGAAGCCAUUUUUCAAUAMUGAUUUUUUUUUUAA